GAUCUUUGUAGUUUCAUAUACGAAGAGAAUGGUUCAGUACAUAGAACACUAACUAGUAUAUUCGAAAUUCUUCAAUCAUGACAAACGCUCUCUGCUAAUAGAUUAACCAGUCUUUUAAGUGCAGAUAACGAGUACUGGUAACCAUGGGAACAGUUUGUAUAAAACAAAAAAGGUCACUGGAAUUUGACGAAGAAGACUAUGGCUAUGGUCAGUUAGUAAGGAAUUCGCAUUUAAAAGAGUUACCAGCGACGAAUGAUUGUUCUGGUGUCUAUCGCAAGACAGACGAGCAUUAUUCAAAGUCUAAUGAUGUGAGCCAGCCAACUGCCACCAAAAGCACUCUUCAACAGUUUCCUGAACUGGCUGCUCGCUACAAACAUGUUGUCUGCGGAGACUUUAACACCAAUUUGUCCUUGAAGGCAAAGAUUGUAAGAAUAUUUAUAAGUUCUACGUUCACUGAUACUGCAGUGGAGCGCAACGAAUUAAUGGUUAAAGUUUUUCCGGCACUAAAGACAUUUUGUCAGGACAAGGGGUAUGAAUUUCAGGUUGUGGAUAUGCGGUGGGGUGUACGAGAACAGUCAGCGGAUGACCAUACUACRUUAGAUUUAUGUCUAAAAGAAAUUCAAGCUUGUCAGGAAAUAUCUACUGGUCCAAAUUUUGUGACUUUCCUUGGUCAAAAAUAUGGUUUCCGUCCAUUUCCUCCAAAAAUUCCUAAGGCAGAAUUCGAAAUGYUCUUUUCUUCAAUAACAAAUGUAUCAGAUCAAGCACUUCUUCAGAGGUGGUUUCAGUGUGACUACAAUGCAGUUCCUCCAAAGUAUUUACUUCAGCCAAUCAGUUCGUUCAUCCCUGGUUACCUUAGUUCUGAUGUAAAUGAGAGGACCAAAGCUUACUCAGAAUGGCAAGAUGUGUUUAAAAGGUUGCAAACUGUUCUAAGACAGGCUGCGGUGCAAUCUUUACAAGACAAGGAAGAGAUCCACAAGUACUUUAUGUCAGUCACGGAGAGUGAAAUACGUUCUGGUGUCCUAUCAUCGUCCAAUCCUUCUUCUCAAUGCUGUUGGUUUAAUCGAAAAAUCGAAAACCUCCAAGAUCAUGUGAACGAUGAGCAUGCGAAGUACUAUAUUGACGUACAAGAGGAGGGUGUCCUUAAUGAAGAAGCCCAAAAGCUCUUAGAUGGUCUUAAGAAUGAUAUCGUGUUGCAAAAUUUGUCAGAUAACAACAUCAGACAUUAUCAGGUUGAAUGGCGUAGCCAAGGUCUUGAUCCGGAACGUUGCGAAAAUCACAAGGUAUACAUCGAGCGCAUGCGCUAUGAUGUCCGUGUAGUAUUAGAAGAGCUGAUAGAAUCGGCAAUACUCGCCAGAAUGUCCCAUGAACUGAAUGAUUCCGUCUACGAUGAAGCGAGUCAGCACCUUUUGUUUUGCAAGUCCAAGUGUGAAACGUUUUUUGGUCGUGAAGAUGUGUUAAUCCAAUGCAGCAACUACUUGAUAGAAUUACCCAACCCUCAAGAUAGUUAUCUGAAUAAUAACCACGCUAAUGGACACGUGAAAGACACAGAURAUGUUAAAAAUUCAAGCCAUAAAGACCAAAGUGUACAAAUUCACAAAAACCUCACAAAGGAAAUGUCAUCAUCAAUUAACGAGCACAAAAGUARCCGCCCCCUUGUUAUUUUCGGAGAAUCAGGAUGUGGAAAGACGUCAGUGGUUUCCAUGGUAGCAAUGAAGGCACGUGAAUGGUUGGGUGAAAAUCUCAAAGUUAUUAUCCGGUACAUUGGAACAACUCCUGACUCUUCACAGGUUCGUCUUCUUUUGCGGAGCGUUUGUCGCCAGAUAUGUGUUGUAUACGACGAAGAUUCAUCCUUUGUAAGAAAUGAUAUCAAAAACCUGCAAAAAGACUUUGUAAAAUGUCUUCAAAUGGCAACAGUGAAAGAACCACUGUUAAUUGUGCUUGACUCACUUGAUCAAUUUGGACCAGAAKAUAGUGCCCGUCAGUUGUCAUGGCUACCGAUGAUUUUACCGGAUUACGUGAAAUUGGUAGUAUCCACCAUUCCUGGUGAAGAGUAUGAAUGUCUCCCUGUCCUUGAGGCAUUUCUUCCAAAGAAGUGCUUUGUUGAAGUACCAAAACUACCUCAAGACGAUGCAGCAAAAAUUUUAGUCAACUGGCUGAGCAUGGCAAACCGCACACUUUCUAAAGACCAACAAGACAUUAUCAAACAAGCUCUUCAAAGCUGUUCAUUGCCAAUAUUUGUUCGCGUUACAUUUGACGAGGCCAUUAGAUGGAAAUCGUACUCUCCACCUGAUAAAACAAGACUUGAGCAUACAGUCAGAGGUGCCAUUAACGCGUUGUUUUCUCGUAUUGAAAAGCAACAUGGCCAGGUGCUGGUAAGACACGCCCUUGGCUAUGUCACUGCUGCAAAAAGUGGUCUCACUGAAACAGAGCUAGAAGACGUGCUGUCCUGCGAUGAUGACGUUUUAGAUGACGUCUAUCAGUUCUGGACGCCUCCAAUUCGUCGAAUUCCUCCUCUGUUAUGGGUACGGGUGAGAGCUGAUCUUGCUGGUUACCUUGUAGAUAGAGGUGCUGAUGGGGCAAGGGUUACCACGUGGUAUCAUAGACAGUUUAUUGAAGCUGCUCGGGCAAGGUAUCUAAGUGACGAAGUAGAAACCCUCAAGAUUCACAGGGCCCUCAGCGAGUAUUUCUUGGGACAAUGGUCAAACGGGAUACCAAAGCCAUACAAUACUCGAGAAGGUACAGAAAAAGCCGCAGACCGAAUUGUUGCACGACAACCGCUGACCUUUCAAUCAAGUUCAAGUAAAAUGRCGUUCAAUUACCGUAAGCUUAAUGAGCUCCCUUAUCAUUUAACUUGCGCUCGAAUACUCGAGACUUUGAAAAGAGAAGUACUCUGUCAUUUUGAGUUUCUACUGGUAAACCUGUUGUCUUCAACCCUGCGUGACGUAUUGGAUGAUUAUGACUUUGCGUUACAGUCUUGGCCCGAGGACGACGAUAUACGAUUGGUCAAAGAAACGUUGCAGCUUUCUACUUUUGCACUUGCUGAAUACCCUCAUCAAUUAUCCUGCCAGUUACUAGGACGAAUGAAAAGCAACAAUUCCCCCUUUCUUCAGGAUCUUCUUCAGCAAGCAAGGACGUCACCUCAUUCCAACUUAAUCCCAUCGGCUGUUUGUCUAACGUCACCAGGGGGUCCAAUGGUUCAUUCUUUGUCAGGACAAAGCCAGCCUAGUACUGCCCUCAGUGUCAGCGAUGAUGGAAAAUUGGUGGUGAGUGCUUCUAGCGACAAUUCUUGUAGCAUUUGGGAAGUUUCUUCUGGAAGACUGGUGCGAGCUUUAGAGAAUGCAGGUGACAAGAUCCUAUCACUAGUGUUCAGUGCAGACAAAUCUGUUGUUGUAGCUUCAAGCCCAGGAUGCGUGUCUGCAUGGCGUAUAUCCACUGGACAGCGGCUUUUCCUUAUYGAAGGAGGUGAUACUCUAAUGCCUGUGUGUUUUAUCGAUUUCAAUGGUGAAAGCGCCCUGGCUACCAUUAUCGGUACUUCUAUCAAGCUUUACAACCUGAAAACAAGAAAACAGAUUAAAGAAUUUAUUGAUGUCAAACUAGACAGAUCCUUAUCUCAAGACAAUGUAUCAUUGUUUAGCUUGCAGACCUCAUUAUAUUACAUGGUAGGAAAUGGCUCAGAAGGUGCUGGUUCGUCUGUUCGUGUUUUGGAUGUACCUACAGGUGACAUGAAAUGUGUUCUUACAUUCCAUGAAGAUGUUAGUCUGGUGGGUGUUUCUGCAUAYGGGACCUUGCUCAUUUUACAAGGUGUACCUAUAGAUAGCCGAAGUAACAAACCGAAUCAGAAAAGCGGUGUACUUCAGCUUUGGGAUUACUCAUUGAACAAGAGGUUACGUUGCCUUAACGACUCGGAUGAAAACAUGCGUUGCUAUGGGAUGUCAUGUGACAAGAGCAACGUUGUAACACUGAAUGACGUCCAGUUUCUGAGUUCAGCAAACGUAUUUCAAGGCCGCGUAAAAAUCUUCAGUUUGAAUUCUGAAGACAUCAAGGAAUGUAGCUUGAGGUUCCCAAGCAGCAUUCAUUUAAUAAGAUAUGUGAAUUUCAAUUCUUUUAUCAGUUCAUCGAUAGACAAGCUUGUUCGGGUGUGGGACCUCUCUCGCAACCAAGACUCACAUGACACACAAGACGGAGAGCUAGAAAUUGUGGAAAGCAAAGGAAACAAAGUAGUUUUCGUUCAACAAAGUAAGGUAGGYUUUAUCGAUGUCAGAAGUGGGCAUAAAGUACUUUUUACCAAUGGGCAUGCACCCCAACUGGACUUCCUCAACGAAACCAAAGCUGUCAUCACUAAUGGAGAAGAAAUCUUUCUCUUUGACUUAACGGAAAGAAAAAUGAAUGUGAAGUUCCAGGGCAAGACGAGAAGUGACUGCAGCCGUAGCUUUUUCAUAUUGAAUCAGUCAGAAGUGAUAGCAGUUUCAUUGRAUAGCAAGUCUCUCAACAUUUAUGACGUCAGUUCGGGAAAAGAGAUUGCGCAACUCAAAAGAGGCGAAGGAAACCYGAUUACAAGAUUUGCUUCAACUUCGGACGGACGAUUCUGUGUAAUCGCGUUCAGAGAAACAAGCAAGGGCGAACUGGCUUAUGGUUACAGUGUGUGGGAUGUGGAGACAAGAACACAAGUGACGUAUCUUAAGGGCAUACAGCAAGCUUUACCAGAAUUCGCAGAUUUAACAAUUUCAAAUAACGGAAGCUAUGUCCUGGAUAUUGUUUUCGAUACUAUUUCUGGACAUUACCAUGCAGUAGUAUAUGACGUCACAUCCGGAAGACUCCUCCACGAGCCUGAAGACAAUGUGCAUUGCGCUUCUUUUGUGACAAGUGGCAAACAAAUAUUGUUGGGCACAAUUGAUGGGAAUCUACGACUAUACGAUUCUGUCAGUGGUCAGUGUAUUCACAGUAUGCGUGCGCAUAGCGGUGCAAUACAUCGUAUAUUCACCAACGACUACACUGACGUUGUCAUGACGACAGUUGGUGGACUGGACUCCAAAGACCGCUCAUUACGAAUAUGGCGAAUCAAGGACGACAAAGUUGCCAUUCACGCAGUUUUUACUCCAGAUGCUAAAAUAUCAUCCAUGAGUUUUGCCGCUAAAGGACAGGCCAUCACCUUGGAAAUCACUGAUAUCGUACCUUUUUGGUUAAUAAGUGAUGAUAGCGAUAGAAGGCAAAAUCACCAUUCACUGGAAAACUCAUUAACAGUGAAUUUAGCAGACUUUAGCGUGUUAAGCGACUAAUUAGUCCAAAUAUUGUCUUUAAUAAUAAUGAUCUUCUAUAAAAGGUCUUGAUAUCCUUCAUAUAAAGUUUUUGGCGAGCGCAAUACCACAAAAUUAAGAAURUUAACAUCAUCGCAGGUUACAUCUGUCACCCGCGUAUAGCAUAAAAAUAAAUAAAGCCAAGUUUUAAGUAAGCUGAAAAUAGCAUUUGUUAUACGUUGUUAUAGCUGACAAUAAAGCUACAAAGUUGAGACCMGCAA